UCCACAGAUGAGGAUCGCAUUGCCUGUGCUGGAAAUGUGGAAUCUACAAACUGCUCUGGCAAUUUUUGGGACUUUGUGUUUGACCUCUAUAAGUGGAUACAAAAAUGGAAAGGUGGAGAAAUCUUGUGAGAGCAUGAUGCCAGAACAUCACAGCCAACCCAACACUACUGCCAGCCCAUACACACUGACUGUGAAUGCCAGUAAGUUCAGCCCAGGGGACAAUAUCAGAGUCACUCUCUCUGGAAGUGAGCACUUUGAGGGCUUUCUAAUUCAGGCCCGAGAUGCUACAAACCCUGAUGGACCAGCUAUUGGCUCAUUCACAUUGGUGGAUCCUGAGAUUUCUCAGCGUUUGACAUGCAACAGCAUUGAGGGUUCUGCAGUUAGUCACACCAGUAAUGCCAAAAAGACCGAAAUUCAGGUGAUUUGGAAAGCCCCAUCCAAAGCUCCUCCCACUGUACAGUUUCUUGCCACAGUCCUUGCCCACUACAAGAUUUUCUGGCUCAAGCUUCCUGGUCCUGUCAUAUCUCAGGGUGACGUGACUCCCGCUCCAUCUCAAUCAACCACCGUCAUGUCUACAAAAUCCGCAAGCCCCUCUAUACUGCCUCAGCCAUUCACCUCAGAGGGAUGUGGCACGUCGAAGUCUUGUCUCAUUGACCCUGUCAGCUGUAACCCUUCUGUGGACACAAACUGCUUCUUCCUUUCUUAUUCUACUUUGGGCCAGACAGUUUCGUUUGAGCUCAGUGGCCCUGCACAGGGAUAUGUCUCCUUUGCUCUGUCCAAGGAUAAAUGGAUGGGAGAUGAUGAUGCGUACUUGUGCAUAAAUGACGAGGGUCGUGUAAGUGUGGAGGCUGCACACACAACAGGCCGGACAUAUCCAGAGGUAUCAUCCAAGUCUGUGCUGACUGAUGUAGGCUGGAGAGUUUCUGAUGGGGUCAUUCAGUGCAAGUUCUCCAGGUCCAUCUACACUCCUCAGGAUCCGGUCCGAUUCAGCCUUAACAACAGUUACUACCUGUUUGUAGCACACGGGACUGCAGAAUAUGGUAUGAUCCACAGACACACGUGGCAGCCACUAAUAUCGUCCCAUCAUCAGAUCAUUACCGGCCCUCCUGAGAUACUGACAGGAUCUCGAUCGCCACUGCUCAUGAAAUAUCAUGGAGCUCUAAUGCUGAUUGCCUGGAUGCUAGCAGGAAGCACUGGAAAAUUAAUGGCUGCCUAUUUUAAACCUGACUGGCCAGAACAAACAUUGUUUGGGCAAAAAAUAUGGUUUCAGGUGCAUCGCAUGUUGAUGUCUCUUACAGUUUUGCUGACAGCUGUGGGCUUUGGUUUUCCUUUUGUCUACAGAGGAAAAUGGAGCACAAGAGCUGGUGCUCAUCCAUACCUCGGCUGCACUGUUAUGAUUCUCACUUUCUGUCAGCCUAUAAUGGCUGCGUUCAGACCAGCUCCAGAUUCCUCACGGCGAUGGAUUUUCAACUGGUUGCACUGGGGUGUUGGAAAUGCUGCUGAGAUUAUAGCCGUGGUUUCCAUGUUUUUUGGAAUAAGGCAACAGUCUCUUUUGCUGCCUUAUCCUUGGACCACAGGGGUUCUCUCUGCUUUUGUGGUUUGGACCAUUGUGUUAAAGCUGGUGUUAAAACUUCAUAAGCAUGAUGUUAUUAGAAAGGGGAGUGGAAAGGAAGAUGAACUUCCAGUUCUCUCAGACAUUUCAGAGGAUGUUACUUGGGAUACUAAGUUUAGAGUGGCUGUCCUUGCUGUUUUUGUGCUCGGAAACUCAGCAUUCUGUAUCUCACUGCUCGCCUCCAUAGGGGACAUAUAA